AUGUUAACCUAAUAUAUAAUACUUGUUACUCUAAUUUAUUUUCGGCAAGUAUCUCUUUUUUAAAUUCUUUAAGAAAAUAUAUAAGGAUUUACCUUAUUAUUGUUUACAGGAUUAUUUCAAAAUUUCUACUAAAUUCUUUCUUAUUAGAAAUAUAUCUUUUAAGUCUUACUUACACAAGUUUUUCUAGUUUCCUACAUCAUAAAUACACUAAAUUAGCUAAAAAUCCUGUUUUUCAACUAAACCAAAUAAAUCUUAUGGUCUUUGAUCUUUCCUAAUGUCUAAGAAAAUAAUUUCUUGCAUUUUCAAUCAUUUAAAUACUUUAAUUUAGAAUGGAUCGUAUUUAAUUUCAAAUCUCAUAAUUCUUCUAAAAUAAUAAUUGAUUUAGGAAUCUUAAAUGCAACCUUUCUCAUCAUUUAUAUCGACUUCUUAUAUCGUUACUCUCAUUGUAAAAAAAUUGAAUAUAGCAUCUAACUCAAUAAUUCUUCUCUUGUUCAUACUAAAUAGAUAUAUUUUAAAUAGAAGUUAUCUUAAAUCAUAAAUUUAUGGCCUAUAUUUAGAUUUUUUUAAAUACUUAUUUAAUCUAUAAGGUAUAUAUAUCGACUAAUUAAAUUUUGGGAAGAUGUCUAAAAUCAAUUAUGUAAUUGA